GUCUCCAUGCAGAGCGACAACACGUCCAUGAUGUGUAGAGAAGUGACAAUGUGUUGGAGCUCAGGGAGAUCCUGAAACUCCUGAAGGAGAACCAGAGUCUCCGUCGCUCUCAGUAAAGCUGAAAACCUCCCAAAUGAUGAAGCCAGAAUGAAGGAAAACCGCGUUCUGCAGGGGAACCAAGAACUACAGAAAGAGAAGAACAGCAUUCAGGAAGAAAGGAAAGAAUUGUAGCAGAACAAGGAAGUGCUGGAGGAGCAAUGUAAAGAACUGCAGAAGAUGAGGAGGAAAUCAUAGAGGUCUAUCUGAAAGAAGUUUUAAAAACUAAGAAGCUUCUCGAAGGAAAAGAUAAAGAAGAGCAGGCAGAGAGGACGACACCUCAGCAGAAGAAAUAUGGAGAAAAAUAGGAAAGUUCUGGAGGACAAGAAAAAAGAAGUGCAGAAUGAGAAGCAACAGAUUGGAAAAUAGGACGGUUCCUGAAGAUAAGAUCAAGGAAUUAGAAACAGUGAUGAUAAAAACCAAAGAGCACCACCUUAAAGUGAAGAAGGAGAGGGAAGACCUCGUAAAGGACAACAAAGAAAUCUUUCUUGCUCAUUUCCCGCACAAACACGUAUUAGUCAGUCAGUAAUAAAAACAACUUUUCACCUGAUCUUGAAGAAACAUGUCCGUUACGUUGUGCACCUGUGCUGGAUAUGAUGGUUUUUAAAAUAUUCUAUAAACUUCUAUGUUUAAAUACUUAAAUUAAUUACAUAAGUGAGUGUGAACAUCAAAAAGUCAGUUUGUGUUCUCUGGGCACAAAGCAACUACUAUUAAUAAACGCAUAGUUGUAGUGAAAAAUGAGCUGCUCUGUGAGAUGAUGAGGUGAGUUUUAGUAACAUACAGACAGAACUUCAGUUUGCUCAAAAACUAUAAAGAGAAAACAACAAUGUGUAUAAGUGACAACGAUAUUAACAUUUUCUAAAGAAUUCUCUGAAACUCUACCAAAAUUGAUGCACCAGAAAUGAAGCACAACAUUUUGUCCAACAGUCUGUGGAAACAGCAUGCGAUUCAUUUAACUCGGUUUAUAAUAUUACAUUUAUUCUGAUUUAGUGGGUUUUUGCACACAAAAAAAUGUGACCCUGCUGUGAAGAAAGAGAAUAUUUUGGACCAAUUGAAAUGCGUCACUUUAAUUGGUGACACACAGUUGAAUUUAUCCAACUUAAUUGUAUAAGUAAUAUUAAUACCACUACUUUAAACUUGAAGAAUUUAAAUCAUUUAAUUCCUCCCAAAUAAACUGUUUGCACUGCUGCCACUUGAUUAAGGUCAAAGUGAGUUUGAAAUUUUUUUUUUCAACUUAAGUAUUUGCUUUACCCAAACACGAAGCACGAUUUCAACAUCAGACUUACUGUUUUUCUCUUUCACUGAAAUCAGAAUACCAGUAUAAAUGUACAAGGCGUCAUUUGAAGUCAGCGCCAACACCAAAGCACAACGAUAAGAGAGAAUAAUUCAAAACUGUUGAUUUCAACCACAGCUCGGAUCAGUUUUCACAGUGAGGCCUUCACACUUGGAAUUUUAUUUUUCUAAUGAAUUUUUUCUUCGAGCGCGGGUUUUUCUUUGAGCUCGUCUGUGUAGUGCAGUCCCAGUGCGGUAACAGUGGUGGAGCUGGAGGUGGAGCUGGAGCUGGAGCUGGAGGUGGAGGUGGAGGAUGCGCAUCUUAAAACCUGCUAAUCCUGCUGCUGCCCUCAAUCUGCGCCUGCCUGCACCGGAGGAGGCGUCAGGACGGACUCUCUCUGCUCCACUGCGGACAAACUUUACAGCACCGCACCGCAGCUGAAAUAACCAGCUCCGCGUCUCAAACUUUUCCUCUGUUUUUACGCACCCGCUGGAAAACAGAAGCGCCUCGUUCGGCUAGUGAAGACUAGCCGAACGAUUUCUCGGAGUUAAUCCUAAUUCCCCGGAGGAUCUGGAAUAUCUGCCGCUAUGAGCGCAGCGGAGACCUCAGACACCGACUCCAACAAGCUGGAGUCCGUGAUCCAGAGGUUGGAGGAGAGUGUUUUGUCAGAGGAGGAGAAGAGGUUGACGGUGAGGGGCCCUUCACCAGACGCCCCCCCUACAUGUCUACCAGCCAGAGUACGAGAAAUUGUCACAAAGAACCUCAACGAUAGCACCGGAGCCAUGUCCUCGGUCAUGUCCAUCCAGGAGGAGAACCGGGUGCUGCAGGGAGAACUGGCCCGUCUGGAGGACCUGCUGGCCCACAGCAGAGCCGACCGAGACGAGCUCGCCAUCAAGUACGGGGCCAUUAGUGAGAGGCUGGAGCAGGCGCUGCGUUUUGAAACAGGAGAUGGAGACCUUGAUUCACCAGAGUCCCGCAGCUUGGCUCAGCAGAACGUGGAUCUACGCAGGCGGCUGGACGAGGAGCAAGCGGCCUACAAGCGUAAACUCACCGCUUACCAGGAGGGGCAGCAGAGGCAGGCGCAGCUCGUGCAGAAGUUACAGGCCAAAGUGCUUCAGUACAAAAAGAGGUGUGGAGAUCUGGAGCAGAUGCUGCAGGAGAAAUCCUCUGAUUUGGAGAAACACAGGCAGGAUGGCCACAGCGAAGCAUCAAAUGGGCGUCAUCAAGACGAGGCCAGCAGCAACCUGGAGGACGCUUUAAUCCGUCUGGAGGAAGAACAACAGAGGAGCAGCAGUUUGUCUGCGGUGAAUGCGAUGCUGAGAGAGCAGUUGGAGCAGGCGGGUUUGGCCAAUGAGGCACUCAGCCAGGACAUCCGCCGGCUCACUGCUGAUUGGACAAAAGCCAGAGAGGAGCUGGAACAGAAGGAGUCUGACUGGAGGAGAGAAGAAGAGUCUUUUCACAGCUACUUCAGCAGUGAGCACGGUCGCCUGCUGAUGCUGUGGCGACAAGUGGUCGGGUUCAGGAGACAUGUCUGUGAAAUGAAGAGCGCCACUGAAAGGGACUUGUCAGAUAUGCGUAAUGAGCUGGCCCGGAUGUCCCACUCUGCUCAGGUGUCCUGCACUGGUCUGUCCACUACACUGUACAACCGGGAGGGAGGAGCAGCUCUGGCUCUGGAGCGAGAGAAAGCUCUGAGGGUUCAGCUGGAGCAGCAGCUCAGAGAUCGAGUGUCAGAGAUGAUGAACCUUCAGACCAGAACAGAUGCAGAGAGAAGUGAGCUCAACGUCAGGUUGUCAGAUUCGGUGCGAGAGGGGGAGAAGCUGAAAGGCCAAAUGGAGGAGAGAGACAGAGAAAUUGUCACGCUGACGAGGAGGCUUGAGGAGCAGAGCGGCAGUGAUGAGACUGACAUGCAGAUGAUGAGAGUUCACACUGAGACGCUGCUGGACACACUGCGGGACAUCGCUCAGACCGUUUUAUCAGACGGCGAGUCGUCAUCCGAAGCGGAUCAGGACAACUCUGGUGUUCCGCUGCUGGCGUUGAUCCGUGACUCCUCCCCUCGGCGGCCGUCCUCGCCCACUCGACCCUCCUCGCUGUUUCCUCCUCCAGAGGCAGCUCUGUCGGCUCUCCGCUCCGCCGUCACCAACAAGACGCUCCAGCUGCAGGAUGUUCGAGGUCGUCUGCUCUCUGCCCAGUCCUCAGUACAGCAGUUACGAAAGCAGCUUUCGGAGUCUGAUUCGGCCAAAAGAGACACAGAGCAGCGAAAUCAAGCCCUGCAGCGAGAGAGAGACGCUGCUCACAGGGAAAGAGAGACUUCACAGAGAGAAAAGGAGCGUCUGAAGCAGGAGAGAGACUCACUGGCCAGUGAGAAGGUGAACUUGGAGAAGACGGUUCAGGCAGCGCAGAGCAGCAGCCACAUCCUGCAGAUGGACUGUGAGAAGCUUCGGCUGACUGUGGCGUCGGUGCAGCGAGAGCGAGAUCACGAGAGGGAGGAGAAGGAGGCGGCCAAUCAGGAGAGAGACCGGGCCAAGGCAGAGACUCAGAGGAUAACCAAGCAGUGGGAUCAGAGCGAGAGUCGAGCCUCUGCUCAGCGAGGAGAGUUGUCUGCAGUGAGGGAGACUCACCAGCAGGGGGAGGUGGAGAGGCAGCUGCUGGAGCGAGAGAAGGUCCAACUGACUGAAGCUCUGGCUCGGGCUGAGAGCAGCAACACUGAACUGUCUCUGCUGCUCAACAAGCUUCAGUCUGAGGACGCAGCUCUCCGAGACUCUUUGGCAAAGAUGAGCAGCAUGAAUGAGGGUUUGGCCCAGGACAAAACUGACCUCAACACCUACAUCCUCCAGCUUGAGGAGGAGAAGGCCCUGCUGCAGGGUCAGAAACGUGAGGCGGAGCAGGAGAAGCUGACCGUCAGAGACGAGCUGGUCCGGUUGGAGCAGGACCGGCUGGAGCUGGAGUCGACUCGCAUCACGCUGCAACAAUCACUGCAGGACGCUGAGCUGAGCCGGGUGGGGAUGGAGGCAGAGCUGCACAGUCUCAGGACUGACAGACUUAAGCUGCAGGAGAAAGUAACCCAGCUCUGUGGCGAGGUGACCUCUCUGGGUUCAGAGUUGAGUCUCGCCAGAGGAGAGGGCCAGAGGAACGAGGUGGCUUUAGAGGAGGCCGGCCGCAGUCGGGCUGAACUGGCCCGAGACAAAGCAGCUCUUGUGGUCCAGCUGACGGCAUCUGAGAGAGAAAACGCCAUGCUGUCAGAGGAACUGGCUGCUUUCAGGUCAGAGCGGGAGUCCCUGGAAACCAGCCUGUUCGAUGUGCAGCAGCAGCUUGUUCAGGUGGAGUCUCGCAGAGAGCAGCUGGAAACAGAGAACCAAAACCUUCGAGUCCGCAGUGAGACGGCUGCAGCUGAGCUGCGGCGUGUUCGCUCAGAUGGGGAGAAUGCUUUGGCUCAGGCUGAGAGGGAGAAACAGGCUCUGACUCAGACUCUAAAUGCUGCACAGCUGGAGGCCCAGCAGGCUUUACGCAAGACCAUCUCUGAGCAUCAGGAAGAGGUGGAGAGGCUGGUCUCAGAAAAGGAAGUAGUACGACACAGCUUGCUGAUGGAGCAUGAGGUUGCUGUGAGGAAGCUCAGGCAGGAGACGGAGGAUCAGCUCCACAGAGCGAAGAGAGAACGAGAGGAGCUGCAGGAUGAACUGAGGACUCUGCAGCAUGACAGAGAUCAGUGUCUGCUGCAGGCCGAGGCCGAGAAACAACAGGCCCUCUCUCUGAAGGAGGCAGAGAAGACGGUUCUGUCUGACAGAGUGUCCAGUCUGCAGGCCGAGCUGUCAGCUGCUGUGCUGGAGGCCGACCGGAUGACCAGAGAAGCUGCUCAUUACAAAGAGCAGGAGCAGAUCAGAGUUGGAGCUCUGACCAGCGAGCUGCUGGAGCUUCGCUCUCAGCUGGAGGAUGCCGCCUCCGCUCACGAGCGAGAACUAAACAGUCUACGAGAGACUUGUACUGAUCUUCGGUCACGCACUGAUGUUGCUCUCAAAGAGCUGGAGCAGUGCAGAGCUUCUCUCUCAGCUGCUGAGGAGAGUCGAGACCAGUUGAGGCGGGAGAUGCUGGAGACUGAACGUCGUCUGACCCACACUCAGGACUCAGCAGAGAGCUAUAGAAGAGAGGGAACAGAGCUCCGUCGCAGCUUCUGUGACGCCACCAAAGAGAGAGACACUCUGAGCCAAUCCAACACUCAGCUGAGGGAAACUCUGCGAAGUGCAGAAACGGAGAGAAUCAGUGUGAAACGACAGUGUGAGGAGAAGGAGCAGAGGCUGGCAGUGCUGGAGGAGAAUUUUUCUUCCACUCAGAAGGAGGUGACGGAGCUGCGCAGCUGCCUGAGAGAAGUCGAAAGGUCUCGACUUGAGGCUCGGCGAGAACUGCAGGAACUCCGCAGGCAGCUGAAGGUUCUGGAUGGAGAGAAGGAGCAGAAAGGGAGGGAGGUGGCAGAGCUGCAGACUCGCCUCUCGCUGGAGGAGCAAAGAGAGGAAGAGAGAGCGAAGGAGGUUUUCAUCCUCAAGCAGAAGCUAACCGAAGCGGAAACAACAAGAGACUCCCUCAAGAAAGAGCUUUCUAUGACUCAAAAGCGUCUGCUGGACUCUGAGUCCGGCUGGCGCAGCUGUGAGAGGGAACUGACCGCUCAGCUGCAGGAGGCUCGUGGCUGCGAGAAGAAGCUCCUGGAUGAAGCCAAGAACCUGUCGCUGCGCACUCAGGCAGCCCAGGACGUUGCUGCUCAGUCCAGCCUGCAGCUGAGCGAGGCGCAGGGCCGACUGACCGCCACCGAGGCCGAGCUGGUCCGGGCCGAGGCGGGGAGGAGGGACCUGGAGUUUCGUCUGAGCAGCCUCCAGUCGGCGCUGACCCGAACUCUGGGCAUCGGAGCGGGAGGGAGAGGAAUCAGGGGGAGGAGCCCAGGAGGAAGCUCUACAUCAGCCGGCAGCAUGUCGCGCCACCACAGCAUCUCCCCGCUGCGCUCCUCGCUGUCACCUCCUAAAGAGUUCCGAGGAAGCACCCCUGAAAACACUCUGGGUUCGGGAGGUGUUUCUCCUGAGAGAGGCGACACACCGCUGCCUCUCUUUCAGCCGGAGCUCGACCCCGAGACCCUGAGAAGUGGCCUGAGGGAUUUCCUCCAGGAGCUGCGGGAAGCACAGAGAGAAAGGGACGAUGUGCGAUGCCAGCUGGGGGCCGUGCAGAGAGAGCUGGAGGAGCUGAAGGGGGAACGAGACUCUGCUCACAGUCGACUAACUCAGCUGCAAAGCACCUUACAGGAGUACCAAGAAGGGAGGCGUGGACUGGACGAGCGUCUGAUCACCACUCAGAUGCUGCUGCAGCAGCAGGAGGAGGCGGUGAGGAGAGGAGACAGAGAGAGGAGAUCUCUGUCCGACAGGGUGAAGGAUUUAGAGCGAGCGCUGCAGGCGUCUGAGACGGAUAAGAAACACACACAGGAUCUGUUAAAUAAGCAGCGCGCUGCUGAGAUGCGUCUGGAGGCGGAGAGGAGGCGUCUGCGGGAGGCGCUGGAGGCAGCCGAAGCUCGAGCCACCAGGGUGGAGCUGGGGAGGCGCAGCCUGGAGGGGGAGCUGCAGAGACUCAAACUGAGCCUGGGAGACCGAGAGGCUGAGAGUCAGGCCUCCCUGGAGCGCCACGACUCUCUCAUCAAACAGGUGGCGGAAGGAGAAGCCCGUGUGUCUCUGCUGCAGAGGGAGGUGGAGAGGCUGAGUCAGGCUCUGCUCAAAGCUCAGGAAGGUGAAUCUGUACUCAAAGAAAAGACCACUUCUCUGAAUCAGACUCUCCAGGAGGCAGCGGCUGCUCACAGCGGCUCCCAGAGUCGUCUGGCUGCUCUGCAAAAGACACUAAGUGUAGCUGAACAGGACAAAAGGCUUCUGCAGGAACGAAUGGAUGAAGCUCGGGCAUCAUCAGCUGAGGCUAAAAGAAACAUGGCCGCCCUCACGGAGCGGGCGCAGAACCUGCAGAUUGAACUGAACCAGAGCGAACUGCGGCGAGAAGAACUGGAGGCCGAGCUCAACAACACUCAGGAGGCUCUGCGUCAGCGUUCAGCCGCUCUGUUGGAGUCUCAGCGCAGCGUCCAGGCAGCUCAGACGGAGCGGGCAGCUGUGGAGGAGAGACUGCGAGGGCUGCAGAGAGCCGUCGCCAUGCUGGAGACGGAGAAGAAGGAUGCUGAGAGGCAGGCGGUGAGGCUGGAGAAGGACAAGAACGCACUGAGGAACACACUGGACAAGGUUGAGCGUCAGAAGCUGAAGUCUGAAGAAGGCAGCAUGCGUCUGUCUGCAGAGAAAGGUCGGCUGGAUCGUUCUCUAAACACAGCAGAGCAGGAGCUGCAGGAGGCGCAGCAGCAGAUUCUGAUGCUGCAGACUCAGCUGGCUGACAUGGAGCAGUCUCACGGUGUGUGUGAGAGUUUGGUGCGGCAGCGUGACGAAGCCCAGCGGGAGGCCGAGAGGCUGAGGAGCAGCUUCAGGGACGUUGAGCGAACGCUGGGAACCCGAGAGCGAGCUCACCGCCACCGAGUUAAAGGCCUGGAGGAGCAGGUGUCCACCCUGAAGGAUCAGCUGCAGCAGGAGAUGAAGCGUCGGCAGCCUUCUCUUCCAUCCUCCUUACUGCCGUCAGGAAACUGAGACGCAGCUUUAAAACCAGAAUCACCAGCAGACUGUGUUGUAAUCCAGGGAAACUGCGCUCAAAAUGAAUGUCUCAUAGCAACUCUAACCCACAGAAAUGUGUUCAUACUCUAACUGUACUGCUUAAAUGAUUGUUUGUAUUAUUUUGUGACACUGAAACGAUCACUGCUGUCAUUUUGAAGGUGUUUUAUUGAUAUUGCGAGCAGUAAAAAACGCUUAACUGCAGCACAAAGACGGGCAAGGAGACGAAGCGCCUGCUGAUUCCUGGCAGCUGUUUGUACUUGAUCUGUGCUCAGCAUCUUCCCAAACAUCCUGCUCCUAUUCAAGAAGAAACCCAAAUCACGGCAGGAUUCUCCUCCAGACAGUCUGGAUGUAGCGCAGGGAGGGAAGAUCUGCCAGUUUUGCAGCUUGGCUUUGAUUCCUUCACAUUCAUAUUAACAACUGAGGACGGAGAAAAAGGGAAGGAAGGUUUUCACUGUGUGCGAGUGGAAACAAACAAACAGAGCACAAUAAUGGAUCUGCACUAUGUAUUCUCUCAGACAGAUUUUGAUGAUUGUGUGAGAUGUAGAUGCUAUUUUAUAAAUGAAAAACGGCAUUGACAGUUGAGUGUUGCAGUGUGAGGGCAAACCUACAGUGUUUUUUAUUAGCGUUAGUUUUACCAGAUGUAUAUACUUUUUACUUACUGUAUAAACACUGACAAGCUGAUGAUUAAUAACAGCAGUAUCUCUUGUAUGGACAGAACACAUGGAAGCCACAUGUUUGGAGGAGAAUAAAGUGACUCUGUGCACCACAA